GCCAAGAGCAACACGGACACAACGUUGUUUUGUGUGUGUGUGUGUGGGCGGUAGUGGGGAGUAGGGGGGGGAUAGCGUUACAUGUUCGCCGAUCGACUGGGAUUAUUAUUAUUGUUUUUUAUAUGAAAUUCGUUCGAUCGACUAAGAAGAAGAAGAGCUGAAUCGAUGUCAGCUUGCGCGUAUGAGCGUCGUCGAGUCGCCGUGCCCGGAGUGGCGUGCUUGGCAUCGCACGGAGAGCUGGAUUCCAACCCGGGGAGCUUUUCCCUGCACCCGGCGACCUCGGCGAGCCCGGACCCCGCGGAGCCUGACGCGGCACACCCGCGUCACGCGCUCUCCUCUCCACCCCCCUCCAACCACCAACGGCCCCCGCACGGCUCCCACGGCCGACCUCUGCCCUUCUGCUGCCCGCUGCCCUCGACUCCCCGCCACGUGCCGUACCCGCCGGACGCCCGUCACCUCCGCCCGGGGCAGCUGAGCCCAGCGGAGAGCGACGAAGUCCGUCUCUCGGCGUGGGGUCCGCUGGAUGGAGGAGGCGGUGGCGGCGGCGGUGGCGGUGGUGCCGAGCGGUGUCACCUGGCCCCACCGCGUGGGCCGCUUCACGGAGACCUUUCGGGCUGGGCCGGGGUCUAUGGGCAGCAGCAGCAGCACCACCAUCAGCCUCCUCUGCUGCCCCAUCCCCCGCCACCCCCUCCGCUGCCCUCCCUGGUGUCUGCGCUGCAAGCCGAGGGCCCUGCUGUGGCCGAGUGGCUCGCGAUGGCCGCAGCGGUGGCGCACAGCCCCGGAGCUGCAUCGGAGGCUGGGUCGAGCCAUGACGGAGAGAUGAUGAUGGGUGACAUCAUGGACGACAUCAUGGGGCUCGAGUCGAGCUACAGCGACGAGGAGCUGGGCCGGGCGCAUGCGGCCCUCGUCGCCGCCGGCACGGUGACACCGCGGGGCCGAGCGGGUGGCUUCAGGGGCCACCACGCGGCACUGGGACAGAUGCACACGCUGCCACCCAUGGCCUGCGGCGACUCCAUCAAGGUGGAGAUCACGGAGUUGGAGGCUCGCGCGCUGGUGAAGGAGAGGAGGAAAAAGGAGAGCCACAACCUCAUCGAACGGCGACGAAGGUUCAACAUCAACGAUCGUAUCAAGGAGCUGGGAGCCCUGAUCACCAAGUCGAGUGAUCCGGACAUCCGCUGGAACAAGGGCACCAUCCUGAAGGCGUCGGUAGACUACAUCCGCCGCCUGCAGCGCGACCAGCAGCGCUCGCGCGACAUGGAGACGCGGCAGCGGCUGCUGGAGGAAGCCAAUGCCAUCCUGGGCCUGCGCAUACAGGAACUUGAGAGGCAGGCCCAAGCCAGCGGCCUGCCACUUGUCUUCUCUUCCAGCGUGGAAGAGGAAGAGCAGCCAGGCUGGCUGGCCAGGCGAGGCUCAGGCACCGAGGUGGAACAGGCCGAGCCGCUGAGUCCCACGGCGACGGUUUCCAACGGCGGUGGCCAUUGCCUGUCAGACAGGAGGCAAUGGCCCCACGUGGGCGCCUCCUCGUGCUGUUACGCAAGUCCGUUCAAGCGCAGCUUUGAUAGUGGCGGAUUAUCUGCAGAGGGCAGUCUAUCCCCAUCGUAAACAAAAAAAUGUGUUUGAAGCGUCGCCCGGAACAGGCGCCCGAUCUCGUCGCAUCUCACAAGCUAAAGCAGGCUCGAGCCUGGAUAGCUAUUACUUCGUGGUGUCUGGACACAGACCCAAAGGGCCCAGACGCAUUGCGGUCAGCAACAAACGGCAACCAUUAGAAUUGUAGUCGACGAAUCAUAAUACGUUUUUUGUAGUUGAGCAAGGGGAGGGGAGGAGGGAAUUUCAAAUGCAAGCGGUGCGAUUGAAGACUCAGAAAGAGAUGCGGUGUGACCUUGUGUGGUGUUGUUAGUGGCCGAGCGAGUGGGAGAGCGAGCGAGUGGGGAGAGCGAGCGAGUGGGGAGAGCGAGCGAGUGGGUGGCUGUGUAAGUGAGCGAGUUGUUGUGACGGGUGAGACGAAACAGUCUGGUGGCAGAGCGAGUCCUCAAUGCGGGCGGGGGAAUCAAAGAGUGGAGUUCACGGGAACAGUAAAUUAUGGUGGUAGCGAUAGAAGAAUGAUUGUAUGGGGGGAGACCAUGAGGGUUGCCACCUCUGAGAUAUAAAAGAAAACAGGGGACAUAGCAUGGGAAAAUGACUAUCUCGCAAUACUGGAAGAGGGGAGAACUCCAAACAAAUGCAUUGCCUUGAGUUGUGUAUUAUUAUGUAAGUAGUAAAAUGACCUGUGAUUGUUAAUAUCCUGCGAAGACUCACGGGGCAGCAUCUGACUAACGAAGGGGACGAUGCUGGGGAAACCCGGACAGAUGGAGAUCAUAGUGGACACCACACAAAGCCAGGCAGCCGCGCCGCGCUUCCCGAUGGGCAGUGCGGCAUAAUACAUUGUUGUACUCUACUGUCUAUGUUCCCAUCUUCUACGCUCCCCACCUUCACCAAAUUAAACCCCCACGACCCGCGUGGCGCGGGGAGGCCCUCGUCUAGCUGUGGAUUGCCAAAAAGGGGGCUGUGCAUUUCGACUUAAAACUUUCGCGACUGCAGGAAUUCAUAUUCUUGGUUCUUUCGGUAAAGUCACGUAGGGGCUGUGCAUGUUCAUAAUUUCACAGGGUUGCCGCUUGUGCAUGAUUCGUAUGGACAGAACUAACGGGAGGCAUGGCGGUGCAGUAGUAACACAUGUGACCCACGAAGGGGCCCCGAGUUCGAUUCUGGGACUUUCUGAGUGGAGUUGAUAUGUUCUCCCCCUGUUUUGCAUCGGUUUCCUCUGGGUUCUCAGGUUGCCCAUCGCAAAAAAAUAAGAUCCAUACAAUGUAACCAGCAUUGGCCAAACAUCGCAAUGCUGAUUUUUUUUUUACCUGCAAACGACUCAAUCGGGAUUACACACAGAGUAGCAGCAGCAGCAGCAGCAACAACAUUGCCCUCCUCCUGUGAAAACGUGGCAGGACCCUCCUGAAGACGAGUUGAAACUCGUUGAGUGAUGCUUUUCCUGGGUAAACAAGCAUAGAUAGUAAUAAUAACGACGUGUGCCAUAAGAUGGGUCUCCAGAGCAAUAUUUGUACUCGUUUUGACCAUUGAAAUAGCUCGGCGUGAUUUGACACCGGUUUGUUUGCCAGGAUAUAUCGUGCCUUUGAAGUACACGUCGUAACAAUACUUUCAUGCCUCAUAUCGCUGCCCAUGUGUUGAUGAACUCAAAUGUGGCAACGCUCUUCUAACUCGCGGGCGAGUAACCGGCGGCUUGCGAUCGGAAGUUCCACUGGUGUUGAACUGACUCAGCCCAUCAUCCCUCCGGGGCUCCAUAAAAUAAUGACCACGUUGUGGGGAAGCCGACAGUGGUUGUCCAAUGGAUAGACCCGCCCCUGACAUAGGAACGCGGAAUUUCCAUCACCGGCUCGGGACUGUAAAUAGGAGAUGAGCAUGGGGUCAAUGCCCUUUCAAUGCAGCGAGUCGCUCUGACAUUGUUAUUAUUCUGUAGCGAAGCGUUGAUUGACGGCUCACAACCGUGCAAGACGUCGAUUAUUUGCGGAUUGUGCAAACGAUGUGCUCACGUGACAUUUAAAGGUUAACGGGCGGAAACCAAACCGCGCAGAGGAGUAACUUAUAAUACUAAUAAAGCGACAAGCUUGCAAAUCGGAUUAAAAUAUAUAUAUAAAAUCGAUUCUUUAAUCGAAUCGUGAUCUCGAAUUGUGAUGAUUAAUCAAUCCCCUGGGGGGCAGGGGAUGGAGGUAGGGGGUGGGGGGCGUGGGUGAGCGGUGGCGUUAUGCUCAUAGUGUUUAGUUGUUUACAACGCCAUUAUUAUUGCUGUCGUUAUUUUCGGGGGGUUUGCUGUAAUGUUUUACUGGUAAUUUGGGCAGCUCAUUACUAUUAUCACUAUGCCUGUUCUCAAAAGUCCUGCUGCAACGAGUUCGAGCUGACGUGCCUUGUUUUCUACUGAAUCAGAACUUUAAGACGUUCGUAAACGUCUGGCAGUCAUUGUUGUGCAUAAUUACUAGCGACGCGUAACGCAACAACGCGACCCCUCUAUUUCCGCAAAAUUUGUUACGGAUAUUAGGAAGAACGAUUUUUUUUAUUUUAAACUAACCAGCUCCUUUCUCAAUCCGCUGCUGGACCCAAAGCCAUGCCAUGUCGGUCGUUGAAGGCUGUGUGACCGUACUUCACCAGCCUGAGGGCCAGGAUCAGAUCGGAUAUCACUCAUCCUCCUGUUGAUGUCGAGCGACAGCUGUGAUAUUCACAUCGAGGUGUGUGCUUCAUGAGCCGGAUGAUUGCGUCAGGAGUCGCGGAGCGGUGCAGCGUCGCUGCGAUGGUGACGAUGCCGACCCUUCGUCUUUGUGAAUCGAGGGCACCGAGUUUGCGUUCCACGGUUCUCUUCUGGGUGGCAAUCACGGUCGCACCGCACUCUGCGGAAGAGAGUUAUUGAUUUUCAACGUGUGAAUUGUCAUCAUCGUCACCGGGUAUCCGCGUCCGUUGCCGCCACCAUGGUUUUGUCGGGCUUUUUGAUGUUAGCCGUGGUGAGGAAUCUAAGAACUCAGGUGGAGUGUUGGGGCCAACCCCUGCCGCUACCACUCCAUCCAGGAUGAAGUUGCCCGAUGGAUGAUGAGAGGACCCUUCAUAGAUAGAUUCUGGUAAUAGGUUUUCACUCUUUCAACUGGUACAAAAACUGACACCUUUAUACAAGGCAUCAUGUUUGC